AUGGCCGGAGAAGCCGUUCUCGUAACCGGGGCUUCUGGACGAUUGGGAAGCCAGAUUGUUACAAGCCUUGUGGAAGGUGGCCUGUCUGUUGUGGCUACAGACCGAGUCAGCCCUGCGGAUAAGGACAAGCUUUGGGGCCCAAGGGCACAUGAGGUCAUUUUCGUACAAGCAGAUCUAUGCGAUGCGGCUGCUAUGAAGCAUCUUGCUGCGAAGGUCACUUCGGUCGUCCAUGUCGGUGCAAUUCCAGGGCCUUCCGAACACCCACCGCCGCCAGUCGAUCCUGUGCCGAAUCCGCCCAUAGGGCUUGAGAAGGUGACUGGGGUUGAACUGCUGCGACAAAACCUACUUGGAACCUGCAUGCUGUUCGAGGCCAUCGCCGCUCAACCUGCAAGCAAAAGGGUGGUGUUCUCCUCUUCCUUGUUUGCCAUGGGCUGGUCUCACGAACCUGCUGCUUUCAUGCCCGGCUUCCUGCCAUUGGACGAAUCGCAUGUGCCAGAGCCUCUUGAGCAUUAUGGCUUGAGCAAGUGUUUUUGCGAAGACUUUGCGGAGAUGCUCCUCCGUGCUGCCCGCACUCCGAGUGUCGAAGAUGGCAAAGCCGAAAGCGGCCCCCCGUGCAAGAGGCCAAAGCAAAACAACCUCUCUUUCGUGUCCCUACGCUUUUCCAACAUCAUCAAGGCCGAAAAGUGGGCUGAGUUGCCUCUGAAGUUACCGCAACAUGCAGUGACACCUUUGAUGUGGGCUUACUGUCACGAGCACGAUGUCGUAGAAGCGCAUGUCAAAGCCCUGCUGCUGCCUUCGAGUGAAUUGCCAUCCAAGUGUGAGACGUUUCUCAUUGUGGCCCCGGACACUCGCUAUGAUGUGCCUACCGUGGAGUUGAUCAAGCACCAUUUCAACAAGACCGGUUGUAUGCUGCCCGGGAACCUAUUCGGUUUCGCAUCGAUCGUCAGCAACAGGAAGGCAGAAAGGCUGCUGGGCUUGACUUUCAGAUCCUUUCGAUCACCGGGACUGGAACAUGCUCUAGCAGAUGAAGCAAGAAGUUUUGAAGCACCGGCAUCUUUUCUCCUUCGAACGGGCGAAGCUGCAUCCGGACUGCGGCUUGUGUACAAGAUGUACGGACAGCUGAACGCAGAGAAAUCCAACUGCAUCCUUCAUCCUACCUCCUUUGAUGCCACACACCCGGAGCUAGAGUUCAACAUUGGACCCGGCCAGACGUUGGACACAAGAAAGUUCUGUGUUAUCAUCAUCAAUCUUCUUGGGAACGGCCUUUCCACCUCACCUAGCUCCCGCUUGGGUAAAGAUCACGAGCAGUUUCCGCAGAGCGGAACGACAAUGUGCGACAAUGUCCGUCUGCAGGCACUUCUACUUGAUUCCCUUGGUGUGACGAGCCUGGCUCUUGUGUAUGGCUACUCUAUGGGAGCAAUGCAAGCCCUACACUGGGCCGCCAUGUUCCCGAAUCGAGUCAAACGAGUGGCAGCAGUUUGUGGCUCCGCUAAGCCAAGUGACUUCAACAUAACUUUCCUGGAUAGUUUGGAAGCAGCCCUACUCGCAGACAGCGACUGUAAGGUUGAUGGUCGCCUAGGGAUGAGAUUGCAUGGUUCGUGCCAGCGUGGUCUCAAAGCAUUUGCACGUAUUUAUGCCGGCUGGGGCGUUUCGCAGGAGUUUUACAAACAGGAGAUAUGGCGGAAGACAUCGAGGGAUGGGCAGCCUUUUACCAGCCGAGAGGAUUUUGUGCGUCGUUCGUAUGAAGGAGGAUUUGUUAAUGCCAGCCCCUUGAACCUCCUUGCGCAAAUACGGACCUGGAGGUGUGGUAACAUAUGCGAAGCUUGUGGAAUGCCAAGUGGAAUUUCACUGAAGGAUGCUUUGGGACGCAUCACAGCCAGGGUUGUGAUGAUGCCAUGCAGCACCGAUGCCUACUUCAGUGCAGCGGAUAUUGAGCUGGAGGCGCAGAUGAUCUCCAAAUGUCGCUUUAUGCCGAUCAAUUCUGUGUGGGGUCAUCGCGCCGGUGAUCCCCAUCGCCCCGGACAGCAGGCGGACGCGGAUUUUAUCCGUCAGCAAGUCUGGGCGCUGCUCGACGAGGUUGGCAACAUCGGAGACAGUCGAGUCUUGUUGGGAAGGGCAGAUGGUUCCAUGGUGGAAGGUCCUGGCACUGACGGCGGACUCACCACGGAUCACAAGCCCGACAACAAGGUGGAGGAGGAAAGGAUAGCCCGAACCGGCGGAACAGUUCAGACGAUAAUGGGUGUCGCCCGUGUAAAUGGCGAUCUGGCAGUGAGCCGAGCCUUUGGCGAUGCACAGCACAAGCAGACCGGUGGCCCGGCGCAGGAGGACCAUCCCGUCUCAGCUGAGCCUGAAUUCACGACGAUGACCUGUGCCCCUUCUGACUUUCUGUUGCUAGUAUGCGAUGGCAUCUCCGAGGGCAACUUUCCAAAUAGAGAGGUUGUUCGGCUGGCAGCGGAAGAGCUGCGGUCCAAAGAUCCCGCGACGGCGGCGGCGGCUGUGUGCCGCAAAGCUCUCGAUUCUGGUUCGAUGGACAACCUCUCCUGCAUGAUUGUUCUGCUGCGACAAGGAGAACAGGCAGCAAAGAGUGCAAAAAAGGAGCUGUGGCCGGGGCCAUUCAGCGAGCCGACCCACGGUGCUUUCAGGCUUACGCGGCAAUGGCAGCACGAGCAGGUGGAGCAGAGAUACACCAUGGCCUCGCGGCAAGCGAGAGAGACGAGCAAGCACCGAGAGGUUCAGGACGGAGCAGAAAAGGAGAAAGAAUCCGAGAACGGAGCGGAGUCAUUGGCUACGAUGCUCUGGACCACGCGGAGGGGCCAGGAGGAUAGCCAGCAGGACCCCGCCAUGGCAGAACUACGAGCUGAGCUGAUGCAGUUUGACUCCGGUCCCCCUGGCACACUUGCUGAAGGCAGUGUGGAGCGCAUCCAAUGGUUCAAAGAGUGCGGCUCCAAAACGAACUCGAAGGUGCUGGAGUUCGAAAGUUCGGGCAUGUUCGGGCACUUUUGUAUGCUAAGCGAGCGGGCGUCACACUUCGAACUUUUCAUCGAAUCCUUCGAACUUUCAGGCAAGGAGUUUGAUCUUCGUGUCGACCGCAUCGUUGCCUGGCUGGAGUCCUCCGAAACGUGUCUGGCCCGGAAAAGGCGCUCCAUCGCCGGGUUCGACGUCGUGAGGUUCUUGCUUCUACUGUGCCUUCUCCGCAUGUUCCGUGCCCGACGUGGCAGCUGCGGAGGCAAGUAUGCUUCGACGCCUCUGCCGCCGGCACAGCACGUGGUGAACCUCCGGGACGGCAAAGUGCACCGCUUACUGGCCAGCGGCGCGCUCGCUUGCCCACCCGCACCAAAGAAUACAGCGGCCCGAUGCGCGUGGAGGUCUUUUGCAGGCUCGGCUACGGCCGCGGAGCCACCAACACAGCUGCGGCAACCACAAGUGUUGCGAGAGCCAGACCGGAUGUCGACGUCAACAGAAGGUUUCCACCAGCUGGUCGCCGCCUCCAUUUCCUCCGAUUUAGCCGAGAGCCUGCCAUGCCGCGAUUCGGGGCUGCGGUACACUUUCUCCGACGAGGCCGAAGAGCUCUUCUGGGACUCGUUCGACACGCAUGUUGGCGAGCAGGAAGCUGCCUACGGCCACAACCAACAAGCAGCGAAGCGAGCCGGGAAGGGCAAAACUCGACACUUUCGUUUGGCCCUGCCCCUCCACAAUCUUCUGCAAGUUGGAAACGGAGUGUCCGCAGGUGACUGGUCUGUCCGAGUCACUGAAGCGGCCGUCAGAGCCAGUGUGCUUCUGAGCACCUACAUGGAUGCAGUUUUUCAGAAGCUUGCCCCCACCCCCCCCCUCUUCAUCUUCCUGGAGUAUGCAUCCCCCCUCAUACUCCUGGAGUAUGGCUCAGCAAUCGGCACCGCGGAGCCCGAAGCUGCCCGAGCUUCGCGAGCACGCGGAGCCUGGGUAAAGCUAGGCUUUGUGAAUGAAUCGGUGAGCAGUGGCACGGGAGGGGAGUUUUGCCAGCAGAUGCUGUUGCAAAGCGAGGAGUUCUUAACAGAAAAACGUUGCAGCAUUCUCAAGCUAGCUAGUGGUGGCUUGAUGGACAGAGCCUCAGCACUUCGCACCGACCUCCGCACGGAUGUAGUUCCGGCACUAGACCUGCAAAACAUGACGCGGGCAUCCCAGAGGGUUCUGGUGGACUACGAUGGAGAGACGCGAGAUGAGCUUCUGAACUUGGUCGAAGAAGAUCCUGAGCUGUUAGCAGUGGCUCGGGCACAGGGUCUUGUUGAUGAGCGCGCCAUGCGAGUUGUGCGCGUGGUCGCUGCAGAUGCGCUGCGGCCCGCUGUCGAGGCACACAAGACCAUCAAUUGGGACGAUCGCCUGUUGUCCAUUUGCGAGCAGCGGGGCAAGGUGCUGCAGGAUGAUCCGUCUGACAAGACAGCGCAGGUCAAGUUUCGGGGAAAGAUCUGCGCCAGCGUGUGGCUGCCGUGGGAAUGUUUGGAAGACGAGUGGAUGGAUUUGCAAGACAACUCUUAUCCACCUUCUCGACCUCGAACCGUGCAGGUUGCGCCAGUAGAUGUACUCCAGAAAGCUGUGGAAGACAACUCCUGGAUCACAUGGAAGGCCGAAAUGGCUUCAUUGGCUGGGCAGUUUGCAAUUGCCAUCGAGGACGAGCCGCAGUAUGAGCUGGUCAAGGUUGACUUUGGUGGUAUGUCUCGGUACCUGCCAAGCAGUGCUUUACUGGAAUCAGAUGGCCUGAUUGAGGACUCCGAGGAGGAAGAUGACGACGAUGACAACGAUUCAGGUUUUGAUGAUGAGGACGAUCGCGCCAUUUGUUCAUUUCUGCACGAUGUAGUCCUGUGUUGCAAACCGAUGCUCGUGCUGUGGGCCUUCCUCCGCUUGCCCACCAUCCACAGAAGGCAGCCUGCGAAAUCCUUGCACCAGCCCGAGCUACUGCUUAAGACUAUGCUUGCAUGA